AUGGUUAUCGCCAAUAUUGUUUUAUGCAUUAAUUCGUUAAUCGGAUACCUUUGCAACGGGAUUUUGAUAUAUUUAGUACAAAGGAAUCCAAACUCGAGAAUGGGAACAUAUCGGUAUUUAAUCCUCGUUUUGGCCGUCUUUAACAUCGUUUAUGCGACAGCACAUUUAUUGGUGAUCCCGAUUAACGAGAACGGAAAUCUUCGUUUCAAUUUGCGUCCAUGGAUUUGUUUGACAGUUUGCAUGACGCAAAUGUCGGGAAUGUUUUGUGUGAUUUUGUAUUGUGGCUGGUCGAUGCAUCGUAAAUUGAGUUCAUCAGAGAUGGCGAGUGAAAGGGGAUAUCGGCUACAGAAACAACUAUUCCAAGCACUCCUCAUACAGUUCAUCGUCCCAAUCAUUCUCGAGUACAUCCCUUGUACGGCGAUUUUCUUGGUUCCAAUGCUUGGCGAAGAAGUGAAUUUAGAAUGGGCGACAAUGGGAAUCUCUCUUUAUCCCGUUUUUGAGCCAAUCGUUGUCAUCUAUUUCGUGCGAGAAUACCGUCUCGGUCUUUCGGUAAUGAUUUUCGGGAAAAAGAGCAAAACGGCUAUCUCUCAUACGAGUGAAAUGGUCACUCAGCACUCAAACAGUGAUUCAAAUUUGAAAGACUCGAAAUCAACGCAGCGAAUUGCGAAUGACAAAAUUUCGACAUUGAGGAAAAAU